UUGAGGAAAUUGUUCACAUGACCUAAUCUUUUGUUUAGACGACUUCCAACUGACCGCUAUGAAUGAAGCGAUGAAACUGGAAUACUAGAACGUCGUCAAGAGGGCUAUCCGCUACCUAACUCAGACUGGCAAUGGAGUGGUGAGUGGAAGGUUGAUUUCAACACAAAGGAAGGGACAGAUAAGUGGGGCUGGAUGUACGCCCUAGAUUUUCCAAGGGAAUACAGCUGCGAAAAACAUUGGAAUGAUUGCGUGAGAAGACGUCGAUGGCAAAGAUCAGCGCGUGUAAAUACGACUGGUCCGUGGCUGGAAGUUCAACCUUCAGUGCAAUUGAAAGAUAUCAGUAUACAAAUCGACCACGUGUAUCAAGAUGAUGGUUCAAUUUCUGUUUGGGCUGUCAGCCAUGAUGGGGAUCUUUUGUGUAGAAAAGGAGUGACUAGUGAUCGACCUCAGGGUGAAUCUUGGUGUCAUAUCACAACACCGAUUCAAUUUUCAAGUAUUUCCGUUGGCUGCAACAACAUCGUUUGGGGGAUUGGUAACGAUGGAGCGGCUUACUUGAGGAUUGGGUACGAGGGCUCGGAUGACAGAGGAAAAAUGUGGGACCGUUUUCCCGCCCCAGGCCUUAACCCGCUCGUUUUAAUAUCGGUCGGCAGAAACACUGUUUGGGCUAUGGAUAAAUACGGCGAACAUUAUUACAGAGAAGGCGUAACCGAAACGUUUCCCGAAGGUACAAAAUGGUUGAAGAUAUUUGGUCGUGUGCAGUCUGUGUCUGUCAGCGCCAAUGACGAGGUAUGGGUGAAAAGUCAGGGGGGGUUGGAGAAAUGUUUCAAUACGUCAAAAGAGACGCCAACUGGAAGAGGCUGGGUUCUAGCAUUACCGUCUUUCUGGGGAGGCAUUUCAGCGAGAGCAAAUAGAGGGAAUUUAUUCAACAAAAAGAAGGGUUUGCUGGACAAGGCUGAAUCCGUGAUUGAUGAACCUGACUCGAAACUUUCAAGUGGACCGUCAGAAGAUUUAAAACGAAAAACGUACAAGGAUUUAAUGGAAAGCGGAGACAUUUACAAUGUGUUUGGUGCAGAUGACGAUUUUAUUCCGAGUUCAGACGAGGAAAGCUGAUAAAUCUUUACUAAACAAGUACGUUUUAGCAGGAAAUUAUUGAUUAUCGUUCGCUUCAGAUAAUGCAACCGUGGGGUGGUUGCUCGAAGCAGUUGGAUUGCAGUUGGAUUCCAGUCUACGAAGCCGGGAUAGCUAGAUAUUUUUGAAAUGUUAUAAAUAAUUUUUCAAAUGUUAGAAGGAUGUUGAAUUUAAAAAUAGUUAAAUUGAGCAAUCAACGGAAUGAAAUUUUUAUUUAAAGAUUAUUAAAUUUUAUUAGCGCGAAGCAAAUGCAGUAACUCGUUCAAUUAAGCUGAAGGUCAAUAUUCGAUAUCCCGGCUUCGUGCAAAAUAACGCCCCCAAUACGAUGAAGAGCUUUAGUGCAGACACAAAAUUAUCCGUGUCAGUUUUUUUCUUCUUUUAUUUAUUUUACUUGAAAAUUGCAAACAAGUACGAAUUUACGAACUUACUUACCCUCGCUUUUUUGUUUAGGUUAAAUAAUUUAGAUAGUAAAUUUUGUAUAGCAGGAAAGUUUUUACAGUGAAAAGAAUUAAUGGUCAUAUUUUGAACACAAUAGGGCAUCUAAAAUGUUAUUUGCAAAUCACAUUGCGAGCGCCAUUUUUUGUUUAACAAAAUGGCGGAUUUUGUAAUUGUUUCACACCGUGAAAAUUAUAGUAGUAUUUAUUCAUUAUGUAGUCAAGGCAGGCCUUUAUUAUUACUGUAUAACAUUAUUUUAAGUAAUUGUAAAAACUUAUGAUUUAAAAAGGCUUCUUUCCCUAAA